CAAAAAAAAAUUUUUGUCUUUCUCAGGCUCAGUCUCAGGGAUCGAUAACAUUAAAAAUAAUUCCAGCCGUCAAAGAAGAAGAUCGUCUAAAAGACAGCAAGGUGUUUAUGAGGGCGCUUUUCUGCUAUAAUCCUAAAGAAGACAGAGCUAUUCCUUGCCAGGAGGCUGGGCUGCCAUUUAAGAGACGACACAUCCUAGAAGUUGUAAGCCAAGAUGAUCCGACAUGGUGGCAAGCAAAGCGUGUUGGAGAUACGAACCUCAGAGCAGGCUUGAUCCCCUCAAAACAGUUCCAAGAAAGACGAUUGACAUACAGAAGAACAGUAGGCACUCUGCAGAAUCCCAGAACUGUGAAGAAACCGUUAUAUGAUCAGCCUUCUGAUAAAGAAGACUGUGACUGUGAAGGAUAUUUCAACGGACAGUACAUAGCUGGCUUACGUAGGAGCUUUAGACUAAGUCGUAAAGAAAAGGAUAACAAUUUGAGUGAAGGAAAGCAAGUGGAGCAGGCAGAUGCAGCAGAGUUCCUAACGUACGAAGAAGUCACAAAAUACCAGCAGCAGCCUGGUGAACAGCAGAGGCUGGUGGUUUUAAUUGGUUGUUUGGGGGCCAAAUUAAGUGAGCUCAAGCAGAAGGUUGUGUCAGAGAACCCACAGGAGUAUGGCGUUGCAGUUCCACAUACUACCAGGUCAAAGAAAAGUCAUGAGAAAGAGGGAGUAGAAUACAAUUUUGUCUCUAAGCAGUCAUUUGAGACAGAUGUGCAGCAAAAUAAAUUUGUGGAACAUGGAGAAUACAAAGAAAAUCUGUAUGGUACCAGUCUUGAGGCAAUCCGGUCUGUGAUGGCCAAAAAGAAGGUUUGUUUGGUGGAUGUGGUACCUGAAGCAGUAAAGCACUUAAGGACUCCUGAGUUCAAGCCUUAUGUUAUCUUUGUGAAGCCUCUCAUUCCAGAAAAGAAAAAACACGUCCUAAAAUCUCCCACGUCAGAAGAAAUCUCAGCCCCCCUUGAUGAAGAACAGCAGGAAAUUAUUAAUUCAGCAGCAUUCAUUGAAGAGCAGUAUGGCCAUUUAAUUGACACUGUACUGGUGAAAGAAGAUCUCCAAAGUGCAUGUAAUCAGCUGAAAACUGUAUUAGAGAAACUAAACAAGGAUUCAUUUUGGGUGCCAGUCAGCUGGGUUAGGUCAUAGCUUCUUACCAUCUGUUUAACAGAAAGAUUGUAUAAAAAUGUCUUGUAAAUAUAUAGAUUAGAAAAGGGAAAUAUGUCAAAAUCACUUCAGAACUGCUGGUCUGUCUAGAAGGUGAUUCAUAAAGACUGUAUGAGAAAAACUAAACAAAGUCAGAAGCUGA